AUGGAAGGCAAUUCCAGCUCAGGAGCAUUCCCUCCUUCGCCCCGGUUUACCGUGGCCGACGUGACCGUCGUGGUGGCAUACUUCGUUUUAAACUUGGCAGUGGGCAUCUGGGCUUCCUGUAGGGUCAACAGGAACACGUUGAGCGGUUACUUCCUUGCCGGGAAGAACAUUGCGUGGUGGCCGAUCGGAGCGUCUCUCUUCGCCAGCAGUGAAGGAUCCGGCCUUUUCAUCGGGCUGGCCGGCACCGGGGCCGCAGGGGGGAUAGCCGUGGCCGGCUUCGAAUGGAACGCCACCUACGUACUCCUGGCGCUGGCUUGGGUGUAUGUUCCCGUCUACAUCUCCUCAGGGAUUGUCACGAUGCCAGAAUACCUCCAAAGGCGGUUUGGCGGAGAGAGGAUCCGGGUGUAUCUUUCGGUCCUUUCGCUCUUGCUGUCUGUCUUCACCAAGAUCUCCACGGACCUGUAUUCGGGAGCCCUCUUUGUUCAAGUCUGCCUGGGAUGGAACCUCUAUCUCUCCACUGUCCUGAUGCUGGCCGUCACGGCGGUUUACACAAUUGCAGGUGGCUUGGCCGCGGUCAUCUACACCGAUGCUCUUCAGACCUGCGUCAUGAUCGUUGGAGCCGUCAUCUUAGCAGUGAUGGCUUUCGACAAAAUCGGGGGCUACCGCAACCUGGAAGAGGCCUACUUGAACGCCGUCCCCUCCACGAUUAUCCCCAACACCAGCUGCCACCGGCCCCGGCCUGACGCCCUGCACCUGUUUCAGGAACCUGGCUCCGACGACUUGCCCUGGACUGGCAUGACGUUCGGCCUCUCCGUUCUGGCCACCUGGUAUUGGUGCACAGACCAGGUGAUUGUCCAAAGAUCUCUGUCGGCCAGAGACCUGAACCACGCCAAGGCCGGAUCCAUCCUCGCCAGCUGUUUAAAAAUGCUGCCCAUGAUUGUCAUAAUCAUGCCCGGAAUGAUCAGCCGGAUCUUAUAUCCAGAUGCUGUUGGCUGCGUGGACCCCGACGAAUGCGCUCGAGUGUGCGGGGCCACGGUCGGCUGCUCCAACAUCGCUUACCCGAAGCUGGUGAUUGAACUGAUGCCCAGCGGUCUGCGGGGGUUAAUGAUCGUGGUCAUGAUGGCUGCACUGAUGUCGUCGCUGACCUCGAUCUUUAACAGCAGCAGCACCCUCUUCACCAUGGACAUCUGGAGGAGGAUCCGGCGGGAGGCCAACGAGAAGGAGCUGCUGCUGGUUGGAAGGACAGUCACAGUUGUCUUGGUGGUUGUGAGCGUGGUGUGGAUUCCGAUCCUGCAGAGCUCCAGCAGCGGUCAACUUUACAUUUACAUCCAGUCUGUUACCAGCUACCUGGCGCCGCCCGUCACGGCUGUGUUUCUGCUGGCUGUUUUCUGGAAGCGAGCCAAUGAGCAGGGAGCCUUCUGGGGCCUGAUGAUGGGACUGGCAGUGGGCCUGAUCCGGAUGUCUCUGGACUUCACGCACCCCAAACCCCGCUGUGGGACCCUGGAUGAUCGCCCGUCCCUUGUGAAAGACGUCCACUACCUUCACUUUGCCGCCAUCCUCUGUCUGCUGACUGCCGCCAUUGUGGUCGCAAUCAGCUUGCUGAGCAGGCCUCCUGCCAAGUCCCAGGUCGAGAGCAUGACCUGGUGGACCCUUCGUCCGGAGCGACCCCUGUCUUCUCCCCCACUUUCGGUGCCCAAACCACUGCCUGAGAACAGCCCCUCUGGGACGGCAAAAGAGGAGUCCCCAGAACGACAGACCUGGAACGGCGCCUGCGGCCCCCCAACUGUGAAGUCAGAAAUACCCACCACAGAGGCCCUCGGGGACCGUGUGCCGUCUCCUUUCUGGGCCCGGGUCUGCUGCCUCAACGCCAUUCUUCUAAUGUGCGUCAACGUAUUCUUCUAUGCUUAUUUUGCUUAA